UUUUUUCUUUUCAUGCCUCCGCCGGCGAUCUUGCGCGAGUCCAUAUAAAUUGCGGCCCCGCCCCGCCCCUCCUUCGCGGCCUCCAUCGCUCGGACCUUUCCCACACUUGCCAGUUGAUCGCUAUUCUACCAUCCAAAAUGGCCGAACAGGAAACCUUUGCCUUCCAGGCUGAGAUCUCUCAGCUGAUGUCCCUGAUCAUCAACACCUUCUACUCCAACAAGGACAUCUUCCUCCGUGAGCUGAUCUCGAACGCCUCGGAUGCCAUCGACAAGAUCCGCUACCAGUCCCUGACCGAUCCCUCGGUCCUCGAGGCCCAGAAGGAGCUGUUCAUCCGCAUUACCCCUGAUGUCGAGAACAAGGUCCUGGAGAUCCGCGAUACCGGUAUCGGUAUGACCAAGGCCGAUCUCGUCAACAACCUCGGCACCAUCGCCAAGUCCGGCACCAAGGCCUUCAUGGAGGCUCUGCAGUCCGGCGCCGACAUUUCCAUGAUUGGUCAGUUCGGUGUCGGCUUCUACUCUGCCUACCUCGUUGCUGAUCGCGUCGAGGUCAUCACCAAGCACAACGACGACGAGCAGUACAUCUGGGCCUCGUCCGCCGGCGGCUCCUUCACCAUCACCCGCGACACUGUCAACGAGCCCCUCGGCCGCGGCAGUAUCCUCCGCCUGUACAUGAAGGAGGACCAGACCGAGUACCUCGAGGAGAAGAAGAUCAAGGAGAUUGUCAAGAAGCACUCCGAGUUCAUCGGCUACCCCAUCCAGCUCGUCGUCGAGAAGGAGGUUGAGAAGGAGGUCGAGGACGAAGAGGCCGAGGCCAAGGCUGAGGACGAGGAUGCUGACAAGCCCAAGAUCGAGGAGAUCGACGAGGAGGAGGAGAAGGCCAAGAAGACCAAGACCAUCAAGGAGAAGACCAAGGAGACCGAGGAGCUCAACAAGACCAAGCCCCUCUGGACCCGCAACCCCGAGGACAUCACCACCGAGCAGUACGCCGCCUUCUACAAGUCGCUCACCAACGACUGGGAGGACCACCUUGCCGUCAAGCACUUCUCGGUUGAGGGCCAGCUCGAGUUCCGCGCCAUCCUCUACGUCCCCCGCCGCGCUCCCUUUGACCUCUUUGAGCAGAAGAAGAAGCGCAACAACAUCAAGCUGUACGUCCGCCGCGUCUUCAUCAUGGACGACUGCGAGGAGCUUAUCCCCGAGUGGCUCAGCUUUGUCAAGGGUAUCGUCGACUCUGAGGAUCUCCCCCUCAACAUCUCGCGUGAGAUGCUCCAGCAGAACAAGAUCCUGAAGGUCAUCCGCAAGAACCUCGUCAAGAAGUGCAUUGAGAUGUUUACCGAGAUUGCCGAGGACAAGGAGAACUUCAACAAGUUCUACGAGGCCUUCUCCAAGAACCUCAAGCUCGGCAUCCACGAGGACUCGACCAACCGCAACAAGCUCGCCGAGCUGCUGCGCUUCCACUCGACCAAGUCUGGCGAGGAGCAGACCUCGCUCAAGGACUACAUCACUCGCAUGCCCGAGGUCCAGAAGAACAUCUACUACAUCACCGGCGAGAGCCGCGCUGCUGUCGAGAACUCUCCCUUCCUUGAGGUCCUCAAGAAGAAGGGCUUCGAGGUCCUCUACAUGGUUGACCCCAUCGACGAGUACUGCAUCCAGCAGCUCAAGGAGUUUGACGGCAAGAAGCUCAUGAGCUGCACCAAGGAGGGUCUCGAGCUCGAGGAGACCGAGGAAGAGAAGAAGGCCGCCGAGGAGCAGAAGGCUGCCUACGAGGGUCUCAUUGAGCAGAUCAAGGAGAUCCUCGGCGCCAAGGUCGAGAAGGUUGUGAUCUCCAACCGCAUCACCAGCUCGCCCUGCGUCCUCGUCACCGGCCAGUUCGGCUGGUCCGCCAACAUGGAGCGCAUCAUGAAGGCCCAGGCCCUCCGCGACUCGUCCAUGUCGUCGUACAUGGCCUCCAAGAAGACCCUCGAGAUCAACCCCAACCACUCGAUCGUCAAGGCCCUCAAGACCAAGGUCGAGUCGGACAAGAACGACAAGACCGUCAAGGACCUCACUCACCUCCUCUUCGAGACUGCCCUGCUGUCGUCGGGCUUCUCUCUCGAGGACCCUUCGGGCUUUGCCAACCGCAUCCACCGCAUGAUCAAGCUCGGUCUCUCGCUUGACGACGAGGAGGUUGUCGUUGCCGACAACGAUGACGACCUCCCCACCCUCGAGGAGGCCACCGCCGAGUCCAAGAUGGAGGAGGUCGACUAAACGCCUGGCGCUCCCCGCUGCUCGGCCGCGCUGCCGGAUGGAUGGGUGGUUCGCCUCGCUGACGAGCCCGUAGAUUCCUUUGAUCUUUACCCAUUGCUGACCUUGUAAUUCAUUCCCUCCCGAUCCCCGCUUUCUGUCUGCAUGUAUAUGUUUCAUCACGCCCAUGUGCCGCGCUUGCGAUCUGCACAAUAAAUUGCGAUUCUCUGCAAA